UUUUUAUUUCUUUAUUUUUUUUUCUUAAAUAUACUCUUCUACAUUUUUUAUUUUGUUGCUCUCUUUUUCACUAUUUCUUAAUCAUGUUCGGUUUGUGGAUAUCAACUAUGAAGUUCCAUUCCCAGGAUUCCUAGUCAUUUUUUAAGACAGUAGAGAGCUCCUUGAUUGGAAUUUAUUUCUAAAUGUAAUAGAUUCUGAUUGUCCCAUAGUAAAGAUGAACAAUCUGCGCUCAAGGGAAUCAGUCAAGUUCUUUGGAAGUCCAGUUGAACAUGAAAAUGCUGAACUCCUCCUAAGGACCAAAACAGAUAUUGACAACAGUAUCUCUAAAAUCCUGAAGCUUGUUAAGAACAAAAACCGUAGCGCAGAAGAUGGGAGCCCCAAACAUUCAAGAAAAGAGACACAACUUGUGGGACUAAUUGAGGACUUACACAACCAGCACCAGUCACUUUAUGCACUGUAUGAUCGUGUCACUGAAGAGUUUGGGAAAGUAAUUUCUCGCAGAAGAAACAAAAGGACUUCAGAUUCUUCUUCUGACUCAGACUCGGAAUACUUUUCCUCAGAAGAAGUAGAUGGGAAUAAGAGAAGGUCAGAAAAAGAACAUUACAACGUAUCUCAUUAUAACACCCCUAAACAUGAACCUUAUACAACGGAGCUUGAGGAACAGUUAACUUUACUGGUGAAAGAGAUGGAGAACUUGAACCAGAAGAAGGGGAAUCUUGAACUUGAAGUUGAAAGCCAAACUCAUGAAGUUAAACAACUAAGCGCCAAGAACACUGUGUUGCAUGACCAAAUAAUGGACCUUGAGUUGAAAUUGAAAGAGGAAAAUGGGGUGGUAUCUGAUUUGCAGGCAAAACUCAUUAACAAUGAGAACCAGGCAAAGUCCAACGUUGCAAAUUUUAUGCAAAAGUUGGACUUUGUAGAAAAUCAAAACAAAGAAUUAGAAGCUCAGAUGGAAAGAAAAGGAGAAGAAACAUCCCAACUAGUGGUUCAGAUAGAAAACCUGAAUGAAAAUUUAGCUGAAACAAGAUCAGUUGAAGAGAAUAUGAAGGAAGAGAAAGAGCGUUUUCUUGCAAGGAUGAAGGAUCUGGAACUAGAAUUGGAAGCUCGAAGCACCGAGAAAAAUGAAUUGGAAGAGAAGUUAAGUAACACAAGCUAUGAGAUCAAACAACUAAUUGAUGAAAACAAGACCCUGCAAGACAGAAACCGUGAACUGAGAACAUCACUGACAAAGAAAGGGGAAGAGAUCUCUAGUUUUUUGAGGGAACACGAAAAUAAUAAAAAUGGAGCUUCCAUGGAGGCUUUGGCUUUGAAAGCAAAAGUUAACGCUAUGAGACUCGAGUUGGACACACUGCAAGAACAGAAAAACAAGUUAGAGCAACAAAACGAGCGAAGCCAGAAGGAACAUGCAGAAAGCCUAGCUAAGAUGGAAACAUUGAAUGCUAACUUAUCUGAUCAAGAGAAAACUAUUGAACGAAUGUGUGAGGAAAACAAGCAAGCCAAGACUAUUUCUAGCAAGUUGAUGUCCAAUCAGCGUUUGGCGGAAAGGAAAAUGGAAGAGUUGGCAGAGAAAUUCCGAAAGAAAAUGGAAGACAACAUUCGGCUGUUGCACCAGAGGCUCCACGUGGCAGAACAAGUUAAUAAUGAAAACAAAAACAGUUGCAAAAUGACAAAGCAGAGGUACGAGGAAGAGAACAAAGUACUAGGAGAGAAGGUUGCUACUUAUGAAGAGGAACUAAGGGCGCUUAAAGAGGAUGCUGACCCCACACCCUCACAAGUGACUUUGUAUUUUCCAAAUGAGUUUGAAUUGGUUGGUCUAAUCGAACUAGAUUUGAAGGUUGAGGAACACAAAGAGUAUGUCAUGACACGUGUCUCUAAAAUGAUGCGUGAGGUUGAUUUUGCCAAGGAUUGGGUAAAUAAAAGGAAUGGAGAGGUGAGAGAACUGAAAGACAAUGUGGAUAACCUGAAAGACUCGUUGAAUAAAAAGGAAGAGCAAGAAGUGUUGUUAAGGGAAAAAGUGUGGAACUUAGAAGCAAAGGUGAGCAAGGAAGGGGGGGAGAAGCUGAACCUAACGAAAGCAGUGAGCCAGCUUGAGAAAAAGGUUGCAAAAUUGGAGAAAAAUAUGAAAGAAAAGGAUGAGGAAUUGGUUAGUCUUGGGGAGAAGAAAAGGGAAGCAAUAAGGCAACUUUGUAUUCUUGUUGAUUUUCAUCGCGAUCGUUGUAACUAUCUUAAGGAUGUGGUCACUAAAAGUAGGAGGGUCAAAAACAAGACUUAG